GGCCAUGACGUCCUUGGCGUAGCUGCAGGGGAGGCCGCGGCGGGGAAAAUGGCGGACUGGAAGGCGGGAGAGGAGAAGCCUGAAAAGCCGCAGCGAGUUGGAGCCGCCGGAGUUAAUUCAUGGGAGCCUCUUCUACUGCCACACAAUCUCAGUUCCUGCUAUAUACUCUAACAAACAGUGGAAGAGACUGUUGGGUCAGUAGGUGACAACUGCAGAGGUAUCUUCCUUAUAACGAUGCUUUUUGAGGUUGCUGCUCCCAUCAAUCUGCUCAGUAAAAAUAGCUCAUCUUGUAAUGGAGGGGAAAGUUCCAGUCGCAGCGCUGAGAAGCGAUCAGCUGAAGAAGAAGCUGCAGACCUCCCAACAAAGCCUACAAAGAUCUCCAAGUUUGGAUUUGCCAUAGGUAGUCAGACAACUAAGAAAGCAUCAGCCAUAUCCAUCAAACUUGGAUCAAGUAAGCCUAAAGAAACUGUUCCAACUCUUGCUCCAAAAACCCUUUCAGUAGCAGCAGCUUUUAAUGAAGAUGAAGAUAGUGAACCAGAGGAAAUGCCUCCAGAAGCAAAGAUGAGGAUGAAGAAUAUUGGAAGGGAUACACCAACAUCAGCUGGACCAAACUCUUUCAAUAAAGGAAAGCAUGGGUUUUCUGAUAACCAGAAGCUAUGGGAACGAAAUAUAAAAUCUCAUCUUGGAAAUGUUCAUGACCAAGACAAUUAAAUGAUGUGUUUUGAAAUUGGGGUAUGGGGUGGGUGUAAAGUUAAAAGGAACAGUUUCCUUUUUUAAAGAAUGGUAUAAGACUAUCUUUGGAGCCGCUUUUUUUCCUUUUUCGUUUUUGUUUUUGUUCUGUUUUGUUUUUUAAGAUUGAGUGGUACACUAAUAAAUGAGAGUUUGAAAUUAGAAGUAAUUUAUGUUUUAUAUACAGAUUUCAAGACAUUUGCUAAUUUUGUAGUUUCAUGUGAUUAGUUUCCAAAGGUUACAGAUAAUAAAGAAAUCAGAAAUGGUACCUUUUUAAGAAUUGCAUAUUUUUUUAGGCACAACUAUUAGCACAUUAAGAGGGAAACAAAAGUUACUAUCUUUUUAAAACUGCAAGCAGUUACUCUCCUAACUUAACUCCCUCAUUACCUAAACUGGCUCCCAGGAACAGCCUUAUAGAGAGAAGGGAGUAUUGUACUGAGAGGAAAAUGUUACUGGACUGUUGACUGAUAAUAAAUUUAGAUAAAAUUAAAAUACAGCUUUUUUUUCCUUAUGGGCAUUUGUUUUGUUUCAAGUCAUCAUAUACUAGGUAUUGGCAUUGCUAUCAGUGGAUACAAACGCUUAGCUCUUAAAAAUGUUUUUAUUUCUUUUUUAAUUUUUAUGUGAAGUAUCGAGUAUUUGAAAUAGCCCACACACCUUAAUGGGUCUUGUCUACCUUCAUUAGUCUUCAAAGAACAACCAUUUGCUACCAAAGUAAAUCAGUAUUCUGAAUGUGCUUCUCUUGGUUUUUAUUCAUAACUAGUUCCUGUAGGCAUUUCCACCAGAACUUGAGGCAAAUCAUAAGGAAGCUGUUUCUUUUAAAAUACAAACCACCACCAAAAAUUUAAAUGUAUAUAAUACUUAAGCAUUUGGCUGGUUUUUAUUUUUUAAAAUGUAUAAAUACCAAAAAAAAAAAAAAAGAGAGAGAGAGAGAGAAAUUUAACAUUGUAUGAAGACAACAUGAGAAGAUGCACUUUCUGUAACUUUGUCUAAUCAUUUAAGUUACUAACUUGUUAAACCCAAUUUAAAUUGAACUCACUGCAGGAUUUAUUAUUAGUGUAAUUCUAUGGUUUGUUUGAAAUAUAUAUAUUUACUGACCAGUGUCUUCUCAAAAGCACAUUUUAGGUACUAAAAAUAGAAUGAAAGAAAAAUGCAUCUUCAAUUACAUUUUAUGAAAUCUCCCACCACAUAUACUAUUAAGAUUUGUGUAUCAUAAGGUGUUUGUUUUGUAUUUUUGUAUUGUAUAUGGACAUUAUUUUUUAAUGUGACAAAUACAUCUUUAAAAGCAUAGUCACAGACAACAAAAAUAUGGUAAUAUGAUUUCCUUGAAAACUCCUACAAUGUUAAAUUUGGAGGCAGCUUCAAACUAUUUUAUUGGUGGUUAUUAACUCACUGAGCUCUUUUAAUUGGUAAUAAUUCCAGAGAAGCAGCCUGUAUAUAUUCCUAACUCUUGUUCACUUGCAUUUAAGUUUAGAAAGAGCCCCAAGUAAAACAAUGGAAAUGUAUAUACAACUAUUAGUUCUUAACAUGAUUUAAUUAUAUCAAGAAACAUGAAUUUAACUUACUUUUAUGUAGGCAAACUAUCCAUUUUGUCCAUUUUACUGUUUGUUAAAAUAACAUCCCUCUCCUACAUAUUCUUUUCUUGACCCAAAUGAAAUAUUAACCUAAGGUCAAGAUGAGGAGAGAGAAACGACUGAGAUGAAUGUCUUUACUAAAAUACCAAUAAAUUUUGUCAAACUCAAUAUAGUGUUCUUAUUUUCUAUUCCACUGAAUUACUUGUUUUUUUUUUUUUUUAAAUGCAUGUUUGUUUUUGUUUAACAGAGAAGUUAAGACAAAGUUACAAGUGUUUUUCUUGUCCAGGUUGUUGGCCAAAGUUAACAGCAUUAAAAGUCUCUUAGUUAUUAGGGCCUACAUAACUCCACAGAGUUCUAUAGCCUAACUAUCUCAGGUUGGAAAGAGUUCAUUCAAAUCCUUUUCCCCUACCAUAGGGUGUCCCUGUGCUUUGGAAAAUCCUGCCAAGGAAUAAUCAUGGAGAAAUAACUGAAUGUUCAGAUUCUUUUACUAGUGUCUUCCAUUCAUUAACCCUGAAUAUAGAUUCAGACCAUACAAGAAAAAACCCAAUCCUCUACUUAGUGGGUUUCUUCAAAUAUUGAAGUGUUUUUUCUACCUUCCCUAAAACACCCCCUCCAAAGUAGUAAAUAUACCCACUUAUUCUGAUCUUGUUUUUUUUUUUUUUUUUGGUAUUUUUAAACAAUUUGACAUCUUGUAUACUGCAUAUUUUCCACACAUUGCUCGUUUCUGUAUCAUGAAUUCUAAAUAUCACCUGGGUAUUUUAUCCUAUUUUUUGUCACUUCUUGAUUCAUUCACUUCCAUGUGUUUAGAGCAGCCUUUUCCUCUACAACUGAGCUAUAUCCCCAACCCUGUUCAUAAAAUUAAUUUUGAAUAUGGUGCUAUCUGGUGUACAUCAGAUUUCUCCACAAACUAUUGAGAUUUUCCCCUUUACCAAAUGAUUUUGUUUCCAUCACUUCCUGCUUUUAUUAUUUGAAACUCUACUGAGAGGAAGAGUUUUUGUUCCCCAUUAUGAUUGAUACUAGAUCCACAUUUUUAUAUUAUUUGGUAUAUUCAUUUACUAUCAUUAUUUAUUGCUCAAAUUCUCACUUAUUUGGCCACAUGAGCCCCUUUCUGUUCUUUUCACAUGUCCCUGUCCUUUUAAAUUCUGGAAGCACAAAAUGUAGGAGGCUCAUCUCGUGUCUACUGUAGCCUUGAAAUCUGAUUUCUUUCUUCAAGCAUCUGCUUUGAAAAUACAUUAAAAAAAAAAAAAAGUGGCACUGUGUGUACUCAUUGAUACAAGGUUGUUGGUUUUAACCUGUUUUGCAGAGCUAGGAAAUAUACAUCUAUAUCUAUUUCUAUGUAUAUUUUUUAAUACCAGUUCACACCACAGAGUUCACUUUAGUCCUCCUUAUUUGUACUUCUUUUGUUCAAAACUAGGGAGACAUCUGGCUUUACACAUAAUAUGUUUGCUUAUUUGCCUAAUUCUAGAACAUACAUAAAGUAGUUUCAGAAUUGCCAUUUUUUUUUUUUUUUUUUGCCUUAAGAGAAACAAACUACUAACUAGUGUGUGGUAUUUAUAAUUUAUUUUGGUCUUACAGCACAUAACCAAAAUACUGUUUUACAAAGUUACAUAGUUCUUUUCUCUGCUUCCCGUUUCAGCAUAGUUGUAUUACUUGUUUGUAAUCAGUUAAUUUGGUUUUGAUAAGUCUACAGUUGAGUAGCUCAAUGGUAGAGGGUAAGCCUACAUGCACAAGGUUCUGGGUUCAAUCCCCAGCACCAGAAAAAAAAAAAAAAAAGAAAAGAAAACACACACAUAAGGGGUACCUGCCCAACCUUGUUAACUUUUUACAUAUGUGAAACAUUAGCAUAGGUAAAGAAUUACAGAAAAAGCUUCAGUUGUCCAUAUACUUUCUGUUCUACUUCUCCUGUUCUUUCCUGUUUGCACCUACCCCCAGAGGUAACCUAUGUCCAGUUUCUGAUUUAUCCUUCCUUUGUUUCUUUUUCCAUGCAUUUAUUGAGGCCAGUCUGGGCAAUUUAGCAGACAAGGCCCUGUCUCAAAAAAUAAAAAGGAACUGAUUAGAACUAAUACAUAAUUUUUUUUUAAAAAAUCCUACAUAAAUCCUUGUAUGUGAAUAUGUUAAACUUGUCUUCAAAAAAGAAAAAAAAAAAAAAAAGGACUGAAGGUGUAGUGGUAGGUGGUACUCCUGAGUUAAUCCCCAGUACAAAAAAAACUAUCCUUCCCAGCCCCACCCCCCAAACAGCUACAUACCACUAAAUUCUGUGAAUAUUCCAUAUUUUUUUAUUUUUUCCUGUCUACCAAUUGAGCUAUGGAAUUCCCAGCCUCCAUAGUUUCUUUUUUCUGCUAUUCUAUAUGUGAACAUUUAGGUCAUUUCCAAUAUUUUCCCAUUACAAUGCUGUAAUUGAAUUGCCAUGUGUAUAUGAAUUUUCAUUAAACUGGUAUGUAUAUUCAGGUAAAUUUUUAGAAUUAGGAUUGCUGGGUCAAGAUAUAAGUACUUUUGGUAGAUAUUGCCAAAACAAAUAAAUGCAGUUUGUUUUCCCAUCAGGAAUAUGUAAAUGCCUGUUUUUCCAUAGUCUUACCAGUAGAAUGUGUUUGCCAUGUUUUAUGUUUGUCAACCUGAUAGGUGAAAAAAGGCACUUCAUUGUAGUUUUAAUUUGUAUCUCUCUACCUAUGAAGGAGAUUGAAUAUCUUCAUCUGAUUAAGGGCUACUUUAAUCUCAUUUCCUAUUGUUUAUGGUCCUUUCUUAAUGUUAAGAAUUCUUUACAUAUUAUCUAUCUGUGAAUAUAUUUUCUCCAAAUUAUUUAUCUUUGGCUCUGAUUAUGGUGUGUUUUGCAAUAGAAAAGUCAUUUUUCCUGUGGUUAA